UAUGGGGAAAUGUAUCAACAGAGCCUAAUUGUGAUCUUGCCUUCUAUGGAGAUAUAUAUGGGCUGCACUGACGUAGAGCAAAACAUAGACUGUUUGAUGAUAAUCUGUUGCGGAAUUCUCGGUGCACUGAAGAUAACAUGGUUCCGCAUUUAUGCAAAUAGUUUAAUUAUCAAUUACAACUCCGCUCUAAAUGAUUAUUUAACGAUUGACAACACCAAGGACCGGAAUAUUAUGCGAAAACAUGCUUUUAUAGGAAGGAUCCUUUGUUCUUCCUUAUUGGCCAUUGCUUAUUUUUGUUGUCUAACAUAUGGCAUAGUUCCUAUUUUGGAUUAUGAUAUAAAUAAUCGGAUUAACAUAACAAACGAAGAUGCGACACUAGAAUACGUUAUACCAUCAAGAUGCGCUCUGGAAUAUUUUAAUUUUCCAACAAGCAUAUAUAAAAUCUGCUGUCUCGUCGAAACUGUUAUUAUGAUACUAGCGACUACAGCUAAUCUUGGUAACGACGUAUUGUUCUUGAAUAUUACAUUACAUGUUUGUGGUCAAGUAAACAUUCUGAAAAUCCAUUUUAUCAACUUUGAUGUCACAAGUCCGCGAAUAUAUACUCGUUUUAACGCAUUAAUUCAAAGGCAUCAAGACUUGAUAACAUUGGCCAGGGAACUUUCAGAUCUGAUCAGUUUCGUAUUGCUGAUAGAACUAUUUAUUAUCAGCAUAUUACUAUGCAUAAUGGGAUUUCAGCUUAUUUUAGCGUUGAAGGUCAACAACACAGUCAUGAUAGGAAAAAGUUUAAUGGCACUGAGUGGUGUCCUGACACAACUAACAUUGUAUAGUUUUAUCGGGAAUUAUUUGAAAUCUGAAAUGGAGGAAAUAGGAAUUUCUAUUUAUCAAAGUGCCUGGUACAGUUUUCCUAGAAAAUUGACAAAAAACGUAGUCUUUAUUCUUACGCGGAUAAAAUCUCCUGUCACGUUACAAGCUGGAAAUUUCAUUAUAGUCAAUUUGUCAACUUAUGUGAGCAUUUUAAAGACUUCUUUUUCGUAUUUAUCUGUACUUCGUAUUAUGCUUGGAGUGUGAAGUAUAAAGUGCGAAGAGUAGAAGAAAUCUGUGCAAACUGUAAAUAUUUGAUAAGUUCGCAAUACAACAAUACAUAAAGCUUUCAAAAUAGA